AUGGGGAACUUCGGACAGAACCCUGUGAGCUUUGCGCAGUCAGCGCGUAUGGCGGAGAGCCGUGUGCCGUGGACCAUCUACACGAACCUGCGAUCUCUAUACAGAAUCAUUCUCGGAGAUACCACUACCAUCAAGACUUACUCACAAGACUGGGUGGAGGCUACAAUCGGUCUGACUGUCUGGUGGGAUGGCGAGGAUGACGAUGCUACUGGCGGAAUCGAUUUCGGCGCCAGCGCCAACAGCAUGGACUUUGCACGAUCGCGCGGGUCCCGGAUGAAGUUGCGAGCUGUUGAUCGCAACAUGCGAGAUGCGUACCUUGCCCGUUUGGAUUUGGCCUUCGGUAGCGCUACCAGUGAGCCGUCCGACGACGCCGGCUUCCGCGUGAACACGAUGAACGGCCUGGAAGUUGGCCUGGCUUCGGUUUUUGAGGGUAAUGUCAACGGUGUGAUUGAACUAUUGCAAUCCUGGUCGCAGUGCGUUGCUGCGGCUGUCACCGAGGUUGCUAGCCUUGGAGGCUGGUUAGAAGCUGGCUCUAAGAAGAUGCCUGGUCUCAGCGAUAAUGACCUGAUGGUCCUCUCAUACGGACAGAAUGGCCCCCCGUCGCGUGGACUCAACAGAGAUGACAUUCUCAAAAGUUAUGCCUUCGGUCUGUUUGACCGUGGCUCUAUCGAGAAUGAGAGCGGCACCCGCGAAGGCUGGGAGAUGGCACUGGAAGUGCUGAGCCGAGUACAGAAUGCGGAUGCGAUGAAAAAGGCCGUCUCGGAGAUUGUCGACAAGUUGCCACUGGAGAACACCGCCCAGCUGGAUAAGUUGGUGGUCCUAUGCUCUGACCUUGGAUUAGAAGAUCAGGGCCGUAAAGUCUCAGAGCGAUACGGCGACAUGACAACGGAGAAAACCGACAAAUUCGGCCUGGCACUCGUGUGCUACGCCCGCGCUCAAAACAGAAGAAAGGUCAAAUCCGUCGUCGACCUGCUGAUCUCAUACUCUCUCGUCCAAUCGCGCGCCUACCCAGCCACAGCCGAUCUAGACCCAGAGCUACGCUCCAUGAUCAAGGACCCCAAGGCGUGCCUGUCAUCCAUUGCCUCGGUCGACGAAGAAGCCGCCCGCAUUCUCCAAUUUUACCUUAGCGGCUACGCCACACUGCGCCGCUUCUACGAGAUCCGCGACGAAGCCUGCUCCCUGGCCGAUGGUCAGCGGCCCCGAUUCAAACCCCUCGCUAGACGUCGUGCGGCGGCCAAGGCUUUAACUGCUGUCAUUAGUAGUGCUGCUGAUAAUAUUUAUGGCGGAUUGUACGACCCGAGUCGGGAUUCCGCUGUGCAAGUUGAUGGCCUGCUUGCGCUGUUGGGCGAGGCAUUGGUUUUUGUUAAUCAACAAUCACCAAUCCUCACAGUCCAAGAACAAUUCACAAUCCUUUCCGCGAUCGAAGAUCUAGAAACAAUAACCCCGCGCGUCUUCGCCCAAUGCGAAGAAUGUUUCCGCUCAACUCUCCUCUCCGCCACAGACUCUGCCUCUACCUCUGGCAUAAAUGCCAACGCGAUCCUCAAGAAAUCAGUCUCCUCCCUCUCAGCUUCGACAUUCUCCCUAAUCGGUUCCUCGGAUCUUCUCCCUUCUACUUCUGCCGCUACGUCUUCAGGCGUCCUGGUUCCACCGCCUGGCUCUGAGAGUCAGCGCGGUUGGGAUUGGAGGGUUGGGUUGCAGGUUGAUACGUGUGGACGGGAUGUGCUGUCUUUGUUGAGGGUUGGUCUUGCGAGGGGGUUGAGUUUUGGGGCUUUGGGGCGUGUUUAG